CUACAGUUGCGCCUCUGCUUUCUGAUUUUACCCGGUUCGUGGACUGUUGGUAGAUGUGUCUGCACCAGUAACACACAUGAGAGUCACGCUGCACAAUGUGCAGUGUUGUCUGGACUCCCGUGGCCCCGUUGGGCUCUGAGGAGCCAUCUGUUCUGUUUGGGGAAAGAUUAAGAACUCCUUCGUCUGAUGUCUCCAGUCUUGAUUAGUUUCUGGAUUAUAUCUGAAAGAGAAAAGAAAGUUCACAGUGAGGAUUAUGUUUUUUUUUCUUUCUUUUUUUUCUCAGUGUUGUUUUAAUCUUUGUUACAUUUCCUGCACAGUUUAUUUACAAAAUACCAUCUUAUCCCGUUUUUUUUUUUUUUUUUUUUUAACUGUAUAUUGGAACGAAUGAGACACUUGUGGAUGAUCAUUUGUAAAGUGGGACUGUGUCUAAUGCAACUUCAUCCUCGGUAACGCAGCGGCUGAAGAGGAUUACGCUGCUGCCACAGAAACUUAGUGGCCGGGGGAAUGAGAGAGGAGAGAAGGGGAGAGGAGAGAAGGGGAGAGGAGAGGAGGGGUGGGGAGUCUAGAGGAGAAAGGGACUGCGAGGCGAUUACAUCAGAACACACGGACGAUCUUCGCCUACCCAGCAGACACAAGAGACACCAGUUUUUUGAGGUGACACGGAUUCCUAAAGAAGUCCUCCUAGUCUGCAGCGAUGAUGCACCCUUUGGUCAUCGGCAUUGUGGCCGUGAACACCUCUCUGACCAUCAUCUACUGGGCCUUCAUGCUGAGUGAUGCUUACUUCAGGUGGCUCACGGAGCCAGAAGACAAACCCAAGAAGCUGGUCACCCCAGCCUGAAAGAGCCACAGUCAAUAUGGACUGACUUCAUUAUUGGGUUACUAUUUUGCGUAGUGAGCAUCAGCCGUCCAGCUUCUAGUGCUUUCUGGGGCGUCUGAUUUAGCAACUGAUCGGCUCUCUUUUUCACUUUGAGGGGACACUGAAACUAACUUCCAUUUUUUUUUUUACUCAACUGAAUGGAUCCUGCAAUCGAAAGAGAAAAACUGUCUUACAGUUUUGCAAAGUUCCCGAGCCACCAAAAGACAAUAAAUCUCAAGAGUAGAGGAGACAAUCUACAUCCUGAAGCUCCACCGACAAGAUCUGAGAGGAGGAGAGCUGGUUUUUGGAUCCCUGACUACCUGCCUUCAUCAUUGACGAGCCGUUUGUGUACGACAUGCCACGCCAACUUGGAAGUCCUUUCAUUUACAAAGAAAAAAUCUAUGGAGCAGUUGAAGUCUUGCCUACAAGACUGGAUUCUUGGCCCCAAACCAGUCGAGGUUGAUUCCGAGGAAGGGAGGGCAGAAAUGGAAGAAGAACACCGACUGAGCAUUUGCAGUACACUGUUGGAGAGGGACGAGCUGCAGAUGGAAAAGGAGAAGGACGGCCCGCUGCCCGGUUUCCACCAGGGAGACGCAGGCUGCCAUCAGCCAGCCGUCCCUCCUCCGCUGAGAAGCUCCAUCUCUGCGUCCUACCCCGGGGAGAAAAGAAUGUCCAUUCACAGUGUGACCUUCUCCUGCCCCGUGACCCCGUAUGCCACCUCCCUUUGAGCUUUCACUUUGGUGCAGCAUUCAGAGCAUUGUUGGUUGUUUCUCUCAUUUCAGUGUAGUGAUCAGUGGUCUUUUCAGUUAUGAUGCAUCACACUGACGUAUCUUUGUUUUAUGUAAAACACGUGUUGCUCAAGUUUUAGUUUGUCCUCAUUUUGCUUGCUUUAACUCUUUAUUUUAAAUGUAUGUACACAUGGUCCCAUUAUGUCAUUUCAAAUAUAUUUAUUAUUGUGUGCUGCAAACAAUAGGAAAAUGUCAUUAUAAACCACGUAACUUUCAACAUGUCAGUGUGCAGUAAAAAAUAAUUUUAUUAAAUACGCUGAUAUUUCAAUCUUAAGACCUAGUAUGUAUGCAUGUAUCUAUAAGACUAUAUAUGUACAACAUGAAAAUUAUCAAGACGGCUCAUUAAGAUUGCAUGUGUGUGUGUAUAUGUAUGUCAUUUCCUGUUUGUCACUAGUGUUGCUGUAAUGUGUCAGGGAAGAAACAACGGGUCAGUUUGAUCUGUUCUGUGUUGGACUAAGCUUAUCUCCAGUAAACAACGGGGGAAAACAAGAGUGCUGUUUUGUCUUGUCCUUGUCCUUUAAUCCGUCUUACCUUCCUCUAAUACCUGGAUAUGAGACGGGCCGUGACCUUAUUUGUCAAUGUCAUGGAUUACUGUACGUUAGUCAUAUUAAAUACGGCUGGGUAGUGAAAGCAAAAGGUUGGUAGAUAGAGGGAUAGAUAGAUCUAUAGAUAGAUUGAUAUAUAGAUAGACAGGUAGAUAGAGUGAUAGAUGGAUAGACAUAGAUAGGUAGAUAGAUGGAUAGACCUAUAAGAACUAGACAUAGAUCGAUGUGAGUCCUUUACUUUAUGUAUCCUGUUAAUUCUCAUUAGGAAAAUCGCUUUCCUGCGUCAUAAUUCGCGCAUUCCGCAUGCAAAACAUUUAGUUGGAAUUAUAAUGUAUGUUCAUCGUGUUACAUCAUGUGUUCUUUUGCUACAGCGAUGACUCUGAGAUAUGAAGUGGAUUCCCAGGCUGACAGCAGCUCCGAAGACUCUCAGACCGCAAUGGAGGUGAUGGAGGACAACUUAAAUGUCCGUUACACGGAAGACGAUGGGACGGUGUUGUUUGAGAGCUACAUUCCUCCCUCUCGGGACGCCAUCCACCUGCCUACCUAUGUCUUCUACCUGAUCAUAGCCACCCUCGUCGUGAUCGGCGUUCUUUAUGCCAUCAUCGGCCACCUCAUCAAGGACCUCAUGCAUGACUUUGCAGACUGGGUGUUUGGGGUGCAGCCUGAGGAAGUAGUGGUGAACUAUUGUGAGGCCAAAGAUAAGUUCGUGGCAGACUGGUGCCCAGAAACCUCCCCCGAACUGGAGGCGUUGGCCCGGGCCGAGGAGAACAAGAUGAUUGACAAGGACUACAUGAAAGCCCCCGUCAUCUGGAUCAUCUCUCCAGAACCCAGGGGGAGCAAGUCGGGACCCCACGUGAUCUUUGAGAAGAGGAGCUGAGGGAAAAUGAAGAUGCCGUUAGAUUAGAGACUUGUUGUUGAAGCAGCUGGAUCUUCUGUAACGUGGUGUUAUUGUACUGAGUUGCGCGGCGUCAACUGAAUGGCUGUAAGGAGCUUUAAGGCCGAUGUGGGGUGAUGACACACAGGCGCUCGUGUCUGGAGGAGCUGAACGCCUCAGUGGUCUGACGAGGACAUCUAGUGUGCAUUUAGGUCAUUGCAGCAGAUCUGCAGUAACACGCAAGAACUCAAAUUAAAUAUGAGGAAAAGAGAUUGGAGAAGCAAAUAAAAUAACAAAAUAGGACGAAAGGUUGUAUUAAAAGUUUGAGCUUGCAUCACCUUUUUGUGCGUAAAUGAGAGAUAAGAAAACAAAGAUGUGUCUCUUCUGUAGUGCGUAUGAGAAGUGUCAGCGUAAACGUAACUGUAUCAAAUGCAGAUGUUGCAGAGUAGCCAAAUUUUAAUAAACUCAGGUGGGACCAUAUUUUCCGUUGAUUUUUCUUAUUCAUAUUCAUGUGUGUAUGGAUCUAUAUUUACAUUUAAUGCACUCAGUAUUCAGGUGUCAACAUAAGUGUAAUAAAACAAGACAACAGAAACACUCAAA